AUGGGUAGCUUCAAGGUACCAACACCCUCAGAGCUGACCAAGUUCUACAUCAACGGCGAGUACGUCAACGCCAGCGGCAGCGAGGUAUUCACAGUCAUCAACCCAAAAGAUGGUUCUGUUAUCUCGGAGAAGUUGCCUGUAGCGACAGCAAAAGAUGUGGACACUGCUGUCGAGGCCGCUGAGGCAGCGUUCUCCGGAGAGUGGAGCGAGUUUACCAACGCUCAGCGCUCACAGUGCUUGAACAAACUUGCCAGUCUCCUAGAAGAGCAUCUUGAGGAUAUCCUCAAGCUGGACUCCCUCAGCAGUGGCAACCCGGUCUCACUGAUCCCGACCCGAGAGAAGGCAUACAUCGUCAAUGGGCUGAGGUAUUUCGCCGGGUGGGCGGACAAGCAGGCAGGCCAAUACAUGCCGGAUGACGAUGGUUUCGUCAAGCUCGUUCGACACGAGCCUCUAGGAGUGUGCGCAGCCGUAUGCCCUUUCAACGCUCCGAUAGCGACAAUGUUCUUCAAGGUCGGCCCAGCCCUCGCGACCGGUAACACCAUCAUCGUCAAGCCCUCCGAGAAAACACCGUUUGGCACCAUGGCUAUCGGCCCGCUCUUUGAGCUCGCUGGCAUCCCGAAGGGCGUCGUACAGGUUCUCACGGGGGCGGGGAGCACCGGUGCGCUUCUCGCGAGCCACAUGCGCAUCCGCAAGAUUAGCUUUACGGGCAGUGUGCCGACCGGCAAGAAGAUUCAGGUGGCAGCGGCGCAGAGUAACCUGAAGCGCGUGACCCUGGAGCUGGGCGGGAAGAGCCCUGCCGUGGUCUUCGAAGAUGCCAACCUUGACAAUGCGCUGACGUGGACCGUCAACGCGAUCAUGGCUCGAUCAGGGCAAGUCUGUGUCGCGGCUUCGCGUGUCUAUGUGCAAAAGUCAAUCGUGGAAAAGUUCGUUGAGGGCUACGUCCAAAAGAUGAAGGCUGCUGCUGAGAAGAUGGGCGAUCCUUCGCAAGAGGAUACUGCAUACGGGCCGCUCGUAGACAAGCUGGCCUAUGAGAGGGUACAAAAGAUGAUUGAACGCGGCAAGAAAGAAGCUACACUGGCUACCGGCGGUGGAACGCUGGGCAAGGAUGGAUAUUUCAUCGAGCCGACGGUCUUUGUCAACCCGCAGGCUAAUGCACAGAUCCUGCACGAUGAGGUGUUUGGUCCUGUCUCUGUCAUCAUACCUUUUGAGACGGAACAAGAGGUCAUCAAGAAGGCCAACGAUACUGAAUACGGUCUUAUGGCGGGAGUCUUUACAAGAGAUGUUACUCGGGCUCUUCGAGUGUCUUCGAAACUGGAUGCCGGCGUUGUUGGUGUCAACUGCGUUAGUGUGAUGAACGUCGUGGCUCCAUUUGGAGGCAAGAAGCAGUCUGGGCUCGGACGCGAGUUUAGUUCAGAAGUGCUUCGUGCCUACACUGAACCUAAGACCGUGCUGAUCAACAUGAAGUCAGAAUGA